GAAAAUCGACUCGCGAAAAAAUAAACGAGAGAAUCUUGUGCAUCUAUGGAACUCGCUUGUAUCGAAAAUGUUUCAGUCAGUCGACAUUAUGGGACUUACUUUUAGCAUCUCAAAAUUGUUGUUUUACGUCUUCGUUGUGUUUGUUCUGGAGUGUUAUGUAGUUGAUCUUUGUUAUACAACUGAGAUUAUCAUACAGCCAAAAGCUGUGAUUGUGAAAGAUGUGGCCUGUCCUUUUGAAUGUAUGGAUGAUGAAUUUCAGUGCAAAAUUACAGGAAAAUGCAUCGCGAGAGAGUUGGUUCGGAAUGGGAUAUUUAACUGUGGGGUGAACGACACGAGCGAUGAAGAUUAUCCUCUGGAAAGAUGUCAUGCUGAUGAAUUUCGGUGCAGAAUAAACGGACAAUGUAUUCACAGAACACAUAUAAAUAGACUGCUAGGGUUGUGCACUGAUGGCAGUGAUUCGGGAGGAAUUCAAAAUUUACCGUGCAGAAAGGACGCCGAAUUCAGGUGCCCUCAAGGACGAUGCAUAUCUCGACAUUACGUUCGUUCAAGGACUUCAGAAUGUCCACGUAGCCACCAAGACGAGGGAGAAGAGUUUGAGUGGCAUUGUACAGAUAGAGAAUUUAUGUGUCAAGUAAAUGGUCGAUGCAUACCACGUGAAAAGGUACGUGAUCACAUGAAGGAUUGUUACGACGGAGAAGAUGAGAAAGAAUCAUCGAUUUUAAAAGUCUGUGACAAAAAUACAGGAGAAUAUAGAUGUCCUGGAAACGCUCGGCGCUGUAUAUCUCGACACAAAGUUGGAGACGGAAAAGCGGAUUGUAAUCGUUUUCGAAACUCCAGCGAUGAAAUUAUUGGAGCAAUUGGUUCAUGUUCUACAUUCGAAUUUGCUUGUUUAGCAAGGCAAUCCACCAAAAACAAAAUAAUUACAAUUCGAUGCAUUCCGAGGUCAUGGGUUAAUGAUGGCGUCAUUCAAUGUCCGGAUGGCAGUGACGAAAAUGUGAAGAAAUUGAUAUGCCACCCGGAAGAACAUUCAUGUGAUAACGGAAGCAGAUGUCUUUCUAAUAGAAAGGUUUGUGAUGGCGUGGUCGAUUGCCAAGACUGUUCAGACGAAGCGAAUACGUCUCUCUGUCCUGGAGAAAUCACCGGGAAGUAUUUUGUCUGCACAGACAGUUUGGGGCUAGGAGAUAAAUUUUUAAGGAAUGGUGUCGUUUCGUCCCAUUGCAUUUUUCGAUCGUAUUUUUGCGAUGGAAAAAUUGACUGUGCCGAUGGAAGCGACGAAGAAAAUUCAGGUUCAGGAAUGAAAUGCCGUGUUCACCGUAACAAGAAGGGAUCAUUCGGUGAAGUUUGCUCUAUUCCCCGAAGUCUACUUGACGACGGCGUUGUCGACUGUGCUGAUGGAUCGGAUGAAAGCACUAUUAUAUCGGUCGCCGAUAAAAGGGUCACAUGUCUUGGUUUUGGCGGGAACCCGGAAAAGAAUUUGGAUGGAACGAUCUUUCAACGCCAAGUUUGUGAUGGGGUUUUUGACUGUCCCGAUCUGACAGACGAAUGUUUGUGCGGAAAAAGAAUGUUUAAUAAUCAAGUUGGACUGGAUAUAUGCAUGAACAUAUGUUUCGAUGUUUUCGAAGAUAAAUUUCGAACAAAACGCAUGCCCAUUUUAAAAAAUGCUACAACUUCCGAUCCAUGUCUACUUUGCAAACCAGGCUUUAUGGUUUGCCUGAACAAAAACUCGGAAAAUUCAGUAAAUAAUAAGAAUUAUAAAUGCAUAAACACAAGUCAAAUAUGUGAUGGAGUAAAGGAUUGCGGAGAUGGUCGUGACGAAUGGUAUUGUGCUUCUAUAAACAUAGCCGUUAAUGGAGUAGCAAAUCAGAGUGGUAACAAAUCGAUGACAUGUCCACACGAAUACUUUUGGAAAAGGUAUCCUAAGGAACUGGCAUCCAUUGGGAAUAUAUGUGACGGAGUACCGGAAUGCCUUGGCCUUGCUGACGAAUGUGACUUAUCAACAGAUAAUAACGAAAUUGAUGGGUUUGCCAAAGACAAUGGCUGUGGUAAUCGAAAACCUUCCUAUUGCAAAUUAGCUGGUGAAAUAUGGUGUAUAAAGGGAGCUGUCCCUUUAAUGCCUGCCCAACUGUGUGAUGGUAUUCCCCAAUGUGAUGAGGGAAUCGACGAAAAGUAUUGCGAAGACACCAGAUUUUCAUGCGAUGUUAUUUCCACAUUGUCUGCAUUGAAACUAAAUAUUUCUACACCCGACAUUGCGACUAGGAUCAGUAUAGAAAAAAGUAAAGUGUGUGAUGGACUUGCAGAUUGCGUAGAUGCAGUCGAUGAGUUGAAUUGUCCGGGACAUUUUUAUUGUAGGAAUGCUGAGAAUCCAUUCUACGUUGAAAUAGCUCAGGUACAAGAUGGCGUUCGAGAUUGUACCGACGGCAGUGACGAAUGCCCUGAUCCAACGACGUUUAAAAAUGACCCGAUAAGCUCCCAAACACAAUUAAUUUCGAAUGGUUUUAUUCGUCUGUGGCUCUACUUCAUUGCUAUUCCGGCUGUUUGUGGAAAUUUUGUCAUCAUUCUCACCAAAACAGCAAAGAUUUUAAAAACAUCGCGAUUAUCACGGAAAUUAUCUGACGUUGAAGGCUUUGGGAGAAGAAUUGCAAUCAUUCUUGGCAGACUAAUAUCAACGGCGCAGGACCGGAAAAAGACUGUGGCUAAUGCCAGCGCUUUGGCAAAAUGCAACGAUGUUCUUGUACUGAAUUUAGCAUUUGCUGAUAUUUUAACAGGAUUUUAUUUGAUUGCAUUGAUUACGAAAAUGAAUAAAUAUGCCGGAGAUUACUGUACUUGGGAUUUGAUAUGGAGGAGCAGCAACCAAUGUGAAAACAUCGGAACUUUGGUCGUAAUUUCAGUGCAAACUUCGGUUUUCAUUAUGACAACACUGACGUCAUACCGACUUUAUGCUGUAAUUAAACCAAUGAAGGCUGGGAGUAUAAAACCAAUUAAAGCGUUAUGUUGUGUUUUAUGUUCGUGGAUUUUAUCUGUGACAAUAGCAAUUAUCCCUCGAAUGGAUACUUUCAGAUCUUACUUUGUCACCUCUAUAUGGUUUUCCCACCCUGCUGAAAGUUCGCACUUUUUGCAUUUGUCAUACCAUGAGAUGACGAAAGCCAACGUUAUUGAUUUUCUCAGCAAAGCAUGUGUGCUCACCGAUUCCAGGCAACAGAACAUAACACGAGAGCUUCGCAGCAGCACAAAAGUUGACAAUUGGGAAUCGCUCAGCCAAGCUGUUAUAACUUUUCUGCCAGGUGUGAAAUCGAUGCGUGACUUUGGAUACUACAGUGCGCAUGGUGUUUGCCUACCAGCAUUAUUCUCAAGAAACUCCAACAUAAAGAGCACAAUGGGAGAUAUAUAUUCCAUUUUUAUUCUAACUCUAAACUUCGUUGCAAGCAUGUACAUUAUAUGCGCUUAUCUGGUUGUUGCACUGCGGACUAGAAGGCGCCAAAAGCGAAUGGUGAAAUCGUCAAACCGCACCCAGAGUGAACACAACGACGGUACCUCUUUCCUAAAUUCCCGAACUGUGAAUAAAAAUGCCGGAUCGUUUGCUCAGAGAAAAAUAGGCUCACGCGCCAACCAUACCAAAGAUAACACCACGAGAAUGAACAAGAAAAUUGCUAGACUUGUCCUUACAAACUGUAUGUGCUGGAUACCAAUUUCUAUAAUUGGUUAUAUCGCACAGUUUAGCGCUAGUUUGCCCACAUGGGUGUACUCUUUCGUGGCUGUAAUUUUGUUACCCAUAAACAGUGCGACCAAUCCAAUCAUAUAUUCAGAAAUCAUAAACAACAGCAUGUUUAAACUCUGGCGACAUUUGACAAUGCACUUCGGACGUAAAACGAAGAAUGAUACUAUGUUUAACUUGUCGCAGCUUCCCCGAGGUGGAUGUGAAUCAGAAAACUUCGCACAAACUGGUGAACACGCCAAGCUCACGCCUCAACUAUCUAAUACUGACAAACCCGACACGGAAAAACAACAAGUGAAACACAGAUCCAGUGACAAUGGAUCAAAGUUCGUGGUCCGACUAAGCAAAAUUGGAUUGUUUUUGACUGUUAAGUCGGAAUCAGAAAGUAGUUCUUCGAAUGAAAAGCGAUGUGCAGCAGAGGAAGAUUUGUACAGGUGCGAAUCCCCAUCAAUGAGAACGGCGAACACAUAUAUCGCGCCUGUGACUCCAGAAAUUAUUAGAGACCUAGAUUCAUUAGCGGAAUCCUCAUUAACCCCAGGCGACAAAUCCAAAGAUAAAAAUAUUGUCGUUCACAAUUAGGCUUUGUUUCAUCUACAAUCAAUCACGUAGCAUAAGACUGCUCACUCCAGAUUCUGAAGAAACCAAGCGUUUCACGUGGAAUUUAUCACAGGAACCAAACCCUUCCAAAUGUCUCAGUACGCAGCAAAUACUUUUUCUACAUUUAUAACACAAUUUUAUUUCUUAAUAAAGAAAAUAGGGGUUACCAAAUUUUUUGUUACAGCUGACGACAACUAGUGUUAUAUACCUACUUCACAUGGUUUUUUAAAACUUGCUUCUUCAAAUGUAAUUUCCUACCCAAGUUAUUAUAAUCUACGCCAGGGUUUCCCAAACUUUUUGGCGGACCCCCAUCCUAUGCCGUAUCAAUUCCUGAGCCUCACCAACGAGGAAAGAUAACGUUUCAUUUACAACACAAACAACAUUAACCUGAUGGGCGAGGUUGCUUUUCACUGCACAAUUUAUCAAUCAAUUCGUGACAAGAAAACUUGUAGGUCCGCACGUCUCGAACUACAUUUUGUCAUCGUAAUGGUAGGUAAGAGCUGAAAAUGCUGCUUCACAUACAUGCAGGUCGUUUCAAAAGGCAAUAAAAUUCUAACUGCCUUUUCUGACAGCAAUGGAUAUUCGUCCGCCACGAACAACCAAAAAGAUGCAAUGGUUUUUUGAUUGAAAUCGAUCAUUCACAUUAUUGCGAACCCUCCGUGAAGUCAUCACAUAUCCCCAGACCCCAGCUUGGGAAACCCUGAUCUACGCUAUCAAAUUGCACGGCUGGAGCUCAAU